AUGCAGUUCAAUACAACAACAACAACAACAACAAAAGAGAGUAGUUCAUUUGUAAUUCGACCAAUGAACGAAUUUGACGUUAAAACUAUAUUUGAUAUACAAAAGGAAAUGUUCCCAAGUGAUGACUUUUUCGAAGAGUAUCAAGUAUUUUAUACAAAGUUUUCAUUGUUUCCACAAGGAUGUUGGGUGGUCGAUCGUAUAGAAGAAAGAAAUGAUGUAGAAAUUUCAACCAUGAUUGCUCACAUUUUCGUUCAUCCAUGGAGAAAAGAUGAAUUCCCACCUUUAAAUAGUUUUGAAAAACUUAAAAAAGGUUAUCAACCAAUUAAAGAUUUAUUAAUUCAAAAUAACAAUAAUAAUAAUAAUAAUAAUAAUAAUAAUAAUAAUAAUAAUAAUAAUAAUAAUAAUAAUAAUAAUAAUAAUAAUAAUUUUGAAAAAGAUAAUUUAGUAUUUUAUUUAAAUGAAUUGGGUGUAAGACCUAUGGCUCGUGGUUAUAAUAUUGGUUCUUUAUUGGUUGAACAUACUUUAAAUUAUGUUUGCAAUUAUCUCUCAAUUCCUUUAGUAACAUUGGUAUCAGUUCAAGGAUCAUCAAAAUUUUGGGAAUCAUUACAAUUCCAAAUUGUACAAUUAAACACUGAAAGAAGGGAAUAUCUAACCACCAAUUACGUGGUGGCUAUAAAUGCCUACAAAAUCCAAACCAAAUCACUCUUGACAUUAUUAUCAGUUGAUGAAAUAUCAAAUCAUCUAUCACAAGAAAUCAUCAAUCAAUUAGCCAAUGAAUUUGAUAUUUCCAAAUCAUUCAAUUCCACCUCACCUCUUGAAAAUCUUGAUCAUUUUGGUUUUAUCGUUUCAUCCUCUAUCAUUAAUAAUCCAACUCAUGUUGAUCAAUUAAUUAAACAAAAGAAACCAAUUAUCUUUAUUAAUUUAAAUAUUAAAGAUAAAGAAUAUUUUUGUACAAAAAUAAUGGGAUGUAGUUUAAAUCAAGGUGAUAGAAUCUUGGCAUAUAUUCCAAAAAAGUUCCAAGGUAGAAAUUCCUAUUGUUUGUUGUCAUGGCCAGAAGAUGAACAACAAGAAACCAACAAUCAAAUGAUCGAGUCUGCCGUAACCGAUCAUUUAAUGGGUAAAUUAUUGGUUGGUGAUUCACCCAUCUCUAAUCUCAUCCCUCCAUUAAAUGACAGUAUUCCAUUUGGUUAUUUUGAAUUCUCAAUCGUUGGCCAAUUCACUCCUGCCCCAGUCUCUGGUGUCAAUGUCCAAUGGAAUACAUUAUCUUUCCGUAUUGAUAAUCAUUUCUAUAUGUAUAAAGAUAAUGUUUAUGAAAAUAAUUAUUUAGUAUUAUUACAAAAUGGAUAUGUAUCACCAUCAACAAUGGCAGUGAAUGAUCUUUCAAAGGCAUUGGGAUUUUAUCAAUCAUCAUUCCAAUUGACCAAUGAAAUCUUUUACAAGAAUCAAACGUUGCCUUUGGAUGGUACUUUUGGAUUGGAAUCGACUUCGCCAGCAACCGUCGAUCAAAAUCAACAAGUCACCAAAUCAGCUACUACCACUACUCAAAUUCAUGUUGGUGUCACUGCAACUGGUUCGGGUGGUGAUGGAAGUGCUAGUGUCACUCAGACCUUUGAAGCAUCGACUGUCACUGUUCAAGACAUUACCGACUAUGGUAUCGAUGAAUUGACUGAUCCAGUUAGUAUGAAUACUGGUUGGGUGUGGCACCAACAAUUCCCAUACGAUGUCUAUUCAUUGGGAUGGGAGAAUUUUGGUGAAUGGUGGAAACAAGCUUAUGAUCCAACCAACAGUAACAACAUUAUGCCAGUCCCACCCCUCUCUACCGAGACACUUCAAUUCACAUCGUCGUCUGUAUGGCGUGCCGACUCUUCUCUCAUCGAUGAAAAUGAUGAACUCUUGGUAGAGUUUGAUUUCAAUAUCCAACAUGUUGCCUCCCUCAUUGCCAUGCCCCACUUUUAUGAUAGUCAUCAUAAAUUAUUCUAUCUUGACUAUAACCCAGUCUAUGGUGCUAUCAUCAAUGCCAAUUUUAAUUUAGAUUAA